GCAUGUCAAAAUUUUGUGAAUCGGAACGUACCUUUGGGACAGUUGUGAACUGACUUGGCGAUUCGGAUUUUCUUUCAGUGAUUAUCUCGAUGACUUGUGUAAAUUCAAUGUUAAUUUGAUUUGUUAAAUGACAGUAUAAUAUUGGUGAACCGCGGAAGUGUAUCGAGUAAACUUACAACUGUGCUCAUGUGGCCGCCGGGAAUAAAGGACAUAAAAUCACAGUGACUCGUUAUAUUUUUUCUAACAACAAUAAAAUAUAGCAAUCAAUAUGAUACAAGACGAUGAGUUUGAGUUUUUGGUGACAACCCCGGAGCGUAUAGAGGCUCUGGGGUUCAAGCCGCAGAAGGAAAUAUUGACGAAUCACAUCCUACCAUAUGCCAAUGAGCUGGAUGAGGAGUCCAUACGGUUCCUGGAACAAGUGAAGAUCAACCUGGCGAAGGCCGUCAUGCUGCGCGAGAUGAAGCCAGCGUGCGGCGUCUGGUCCUCCAGGCUCAUGAAGUACAUUCGUAUUCAUGGGCUGAAGUUUAGCAAGCAAGAUCAUCUGAAGUUGAUACGACUGGCGUACGAACUAGUGCUCAUUCCUGAUCUGGAACCAGGAAAGGUCCACAAGUUCGCCACCAUGUUCCUAAUGCUCACUAAGAAAAGACAAUUGAUUACACCUGCAGAAUUGACGCUGCCGUGGCGGCCGCUCUACGAUAUGGGCAAAAAAAUAUUUGAUAAGAGCUCCACACAUAUUGGAAUGUACCAUUAUUUAACGCCAGAUCGCUUUGCGAAAAAAGGAGUCGAUGUGCUCGAUUUGAUUCGCAAAUUCCUGUCAGGCGAUGGGCUGGCUGACGCACUAGAGUUGCUCGGCCUAGCAGGACCCGAAGAGAACGAACUGCCCACCUCGCUAGAACUAUCGUACAUUUCUAUGGUCAAAUGUGCCAGACCAUAUUUCCCAAUAACCGCUACAAGAGAAAUUCUAGCGGAGAUAUUACCGCAAAUAAACCCGUGGUCGACGGACACGCACGUGAUCUGCCAACUGGCGGUAUUCUUGCCAGUAGCGCUGCCUCCCAAGCUCGCAGCACAUGGACAUCUGCUGUGGUUCGACGAGAUCAUGACGCUCUGGGAUACCUGUUACAACUCGCAGUGUGGGAUCGCGGAUUUAAUGAUGCUAUUUGCUGGACUAGCAAAACGCAACCCCGGUGCUAUAGACUGGACACCACAUGUUCCGAAGAUGUUCAUGAGGUUCCUUCACGCUCUGAACUUACCAGUCAGCUACAAAGACAUGCAGAUCACUCGCUGCCAUUCCCUCGAGAUGAAACACGUGGCGUCCUGGAUAGUAUGGAGUAUCAGCCCCAACGGCGUGGUGCUGAAACACUUGCGCAGCUUCCUGGCCGGAGUGGAGAGCUACUUGCACAGCGCCAACUCCGGCCGCUGGUCCUACAAACUCAGAGACCUCCUCAGGAAACUCGCCAGAGAGUUCCUCAACAGGGUGCGACGUGAACGUGAAAAAAGAUUCUAUGAAACUUGGGAGAACCAAACACCUGAGUCGUAUCAACUCAGAGAUGAAGACAUCACAGAUUUUGUGAAAAUUGUGCUGGAACCGACACUGCAGGCGGUGUACAGCCGCAGCGGCUCCCUCGACAUAUCUAUUGCUCUGCAGAACUUGGCGACGCUGCGCCCUGCUAUAGUAGUUCCGCCGUUGCUAGAGAGACUGAAGACGUCGCUGACGUCACUCACCGAGCCUCACCGAGUCACCGCAGCCAUGUCUGCUGUGGCCGCAGUCGCCAGGCCCAUGCUACGUGGAGCUGACGCAGACUAUCCAGAAGGCCCAACACAUGUAGUGCCAUUCCUCUUAGCGGUCCUACCAGGUCUCGAUCCUAACGAUAUUAAAAAGACAUUAGUUACACUACACUUCAUCCUCAUCUUCACAUGGAUGGUGCCAUUCAUAGACUGUAGUUCUGCUCACGAGCACCACGAUGACCUCACUGAAGAGGAGCUUCUGACUUGUGAGUCCACUGCUCAAUUCGAAGACUUCGUCCUCGUAUUCUUGGACAGACUGUUUGUCAUUAUUGAAUCUAGCGUACUGGAACAUGUAAGACUGGAUACGAAGGAAUCUGACGGCGUACGUAGCAAGACUGAUGCUGUUAUGGAGACAGCAAUCUCUUCGGCUGCCACAGCUGUGCUGAUGCAGUGUUCGCCGAAGAUAUUUAAGGAGGCAUUGAGGAAGUUUAAGGCUUUCGCCACUGAGUCCACGUUUGAAACGAAUGUUUCUGGAAGCAUGGUUGGCGUGAUGUUGCGUGUGUUUGCUCGAAUUGAUUCUGAAUCGACAUUAGCGGCUUUCAUGCCGAAGCUUUGUGAAGAGUUGACAGAACUGCUGUCUACUGACGAGGCGCUCCACGAGGAAAAUCCCCCGCGUGACCUCAUGUACAGAUUGGUUCUGUUCAUGCACAUAGUGGAGUGUGACGGCUUGGUGCUCCUCAAGUACAUUCCGGACAUCCUUCCAAUAUUAGACAGGGCCUUGAAACUUCACUCGAACUACGCGCUGUCGCGAGCGUGUGAGGUCCUGAGUCAUAUGCUCAUGUCUCUGUGCUAUAUCGACCUUAAGGAGUGGAAGAGUUCGCCGAAAGAUUACGAUAAGGCCCCUCAGGAGUGGCUGCCAAUCCGCGAGUGGGGCUACGGGUGCAUGUUGAAGGACGCGAACCUGAAGUGGCACGUGCCUUGCGCCGCGGAGGCGGAGUGUGCGCAGAUGUUGCUGGACAGAUACCUGAAGGCGGAGGUGCAACGUCUGCGGCAGUGGCUGAGCGGGGAGCGGCCGAUGUGUCGCGAGCGCAGGCUCCGCAGCUUCUACAUCAUCAACGCUGUGCUGGCUUGCAGCACAUUCUUGCCGCCGCCUGAUGAAGAACCCGUGCAACUCAUGGAAUCUCAAGUACCCGCGACCAGCAUUCCAUUCACAUGCGGCGUACGUUACCAAGUAACACUUGAUGGUGAGAACGUACGCGUGGCGCUGACUCGACUGCUGCUUGAGGUGCAAGCUAAACUCUUAGCGGAGAAAACUGAUGAUACCAGGGGCUUGGAGAUGCUCAUCCAGGUGUGGGAACGCGUGGUAGUAAUGAAAGGACUACGCGGGAGCCCAGGUUUGGAGAACCGUCUCCGUUCAUACGGGGCUUUGGAGCGUGCAUUAGACGGUCGCGGGGGGCCCCCGGACCGGCAGGGCGGGACGCGAGGGGCUGGGGCCGCAAGGCUGCGUAUGUUGGCGGCUGACGCUGCGAGGCUGCAUGAUGACGCGAGGUACGACCUCGUAUGCGAGGCCGGGAUCACACCCUCCGCGCUCAGUGCGUUACAUGCGCUCGCUGAUCUGUCCGUCAAUACUUAUAGCUCGGUCCGCAUUCUAGCUCAAAUUCGUCUAUACUGGAUGCUAAGCCACUACCCGUACUCCUACCGGGCUUUAGUGCCCAAACUCGCUGCAAUUUUAGCCGAGGGGGGCGAAGGCGACGAAUGGCACGCCAGACAUAAGGGGGUCUUGUUCAUGAUGCUGGGACCCCGUACUGGGCCCCUCGUGGCGAAACAGGACUGGGAUGUGGUACGGACUCUAUGGCCUGCUAUUUUAAAUGCUCCACUCAGUGAGAAGCCUAGUAUGGUGCGCCUCGAACAGGCCUUCAGCGACAGCCUACACCGUCACUUCCCAACAGUGAACACCCGUCUGACAAUGUCUCUCGAAGCAGUAAUCGCAGCCGCGGUCCUUCUAACUGAGGAACAACGCACCGAGCCACAUUUCAAGGAGCUCUUGAACGCCUCCAUAGCUAAGGAACAGGCCACUUCAGAUAGAUGUGAGAAGCAGUAUAAUGAGCUGAUCAUGGAACUCGUUAAAGUUGUUGAGACGCCUAAUGUGCAAUGGCGUCGCCUAGAGCUAGCAAUACAAAUGCUAACUUUCUGCCCGUCACUACAAACCCCGUACCCGGGCGCCGCCGUCAAAGGCAUGGUUAAAGCUCUCUUACACGACGACAUCGCAGUAAGACGCACGGCGCAACGACUCGUGCAUUACGUGCUCAAACAACGCAAGCACAAGAUCGUGAAGAUAGAAAUGGACCCCUAUGAGAUAGCUGGGGUGCCGAGGCCUGUGAAACGGGUGCCUGGUUAUAGAAAGGAUCUGGAGUGGGCCAUAUGGUCUCAAGAUAGAGAACAUACUACUGAUGCCGAAUGGGAGACUCCAUGGCUCAGGAAUCCAACAUACGGCUUUUACUGUUGGCCUGAGACACUUGAGGUGGCAGCACCAUCAAGCGAGCAAGUGUUCUCCUCGGACCUGAGUCCCGAGGACAUGGAGGAAGGUGAACGGCAUAUCUACGAGUUCUUCACCGAUGAGAGCAACGUGGACCGCCUCGUCGCCUUCUUAACUGUGGAAGAGAAGAAGGGCAAGGACAAAUUCAAUGGAGUCAGAUUUGCGCUGUUGAGGACUCUAUUCGCUCAGUUCGGGUCGGCCGUAGCACGCAAGUUCUUGCGUCACGCAGAACGUUGCGCGUGCGAUUCUCAAGAGGCGCCGCAGCGAUUCGCGGCGGAGGUGGCGGCUGCGGCACUGCGUGCCCCUCGUUACUGGCCGCGAGUCCGCGCCAGGCAGAUGUAUGCGGCCGCACUUAAUAUACUUGAAGCUGGUCUAACAUCAGUAACUCCGGAGACGCUAGAAGACUGGGGUACAUGCGUGGCCACUGGGGUCGAGAAGCUGGACCCCACCCGGGGCCACCAGGUCCUGACCAUGUUGCUAGACUUGUGUGCCCCGCAGUCUCGCGGCAGUGACAGCGACACCGACAGCGACACUUCUUUCAGUGUCUGCGCUAGGCUUUAUGCUCUACAGGGCGCUUUGGGCUCUCUACGUUGGCGCGCGGCGCCGCUCGCGGCUGAGCUGCUGAAGCGGCUGGAAGAGGCCAACUUCAUUCAACACCCCUAUCAGAACGUCAGGGAGACGGUGGGCAGUUUGCUGAUGACGAUCUUCGACACGGAGCUGGUGUUCCCGGGCGGCAGCAGCGGCCCCGCGCCGCGCCUCGCCGACUUCCUGGCCUCCGUGCAGCCGCGCCUCGCCGCACUCUAUGACGAGAACGGCGAUAUCGUGAUAAAGACAGCAGCAUCAGCCGCUGCGGCCAUGCAGUGCAGUCCCCGCGAGGACACGACGGAGUGCGGCGCCGAGAGCCGCGCGCUGCGCUCGCUGACGGCCGUCGGCACGGUGGGCGAGGUCGCCCUGGUCGACGUGGCGCGACUGUCGCCCGACCACCAGCGCCACACGCCCACCAAUGAUGAUGCGCCACAGGUACACAGCACACUCAUACAGCAGCGUCAGCCAUGCAGUGCAGUCCCCGCGAGGACACGACGGAGUCGGCACGGUGGGCGAGGUCGCCCUGGUCGACGUGGCGCGACUGUCGCCCGACCACCAGCGCCACACGCCCCAGCGUCAGCCAUGCAGUGCAGUCCCCGCGAGGACACGACGGAGUCGGCACGGUGGGCGAGGUCGCCCUGGUCGACGUGGCGCGACUGUCGCCCGACCACCAGCGCCACACGCCCACCAAUGAUGAUGCGCCACAGGUACACAGCACACUCAUACAGCAGCGUCAGCCAUGCAGUGCAGUCCCCGCGAGGACACGACGGAGUCGGCACGGUGGGCGAGGUCGCCCUGGUCGACGUGGCGCGACUGUCGCCCGACCACCAGCGCCACACGCCCACCAAUGAUGAUGCGCCACAGUGCAGUCCCCGCGAGGACACGACGGAGUCGGCACGGUGGGCGAGGUCGCCCUGGUCGACGUGGCGCGACUGUCGCCCGACCACCAGCGCCACACGCCCACCAAUGAUGAUGCGCCACAGGUACACAGCACACUCAUACAGCAGCGUCAGCCAUGCAGUGCAGUCCCCGCGAGGACACGACGGAGUCGGCACGGUGGGCGAGGUCGCCCUGGUCGACGUGGCGCGACUGUCGCCCGACCACCAGCGCCACACGCCCACCAAUGAUGAUGCGCCACAGGGUACACAGCACACUCAUACAGCAGCGUCAGCCAUGCAGUGCAGUCCCCGCGAGGACACGACGGAGUCGGCACGGUGGGCGAGGUCGCCCUGGUCGACGUGGCGCGACUGUCGCCCGACCACCAGCGCCACACGCCCACCAAUGAUGAUGCGCCACAGGUACACAGCACACUCAUACAGCAGCGUCAGCCAUGCAGUGCAGUCCCCGCGAGGACACGACGGAGUCGGCACGGUGGGCGAGGUCGCCCUGGUCGACGUGGCGCGACUGUCGCCCGACCACCAGCGCCACACGCCCACCAAUGAUGAUGCGCCACAGACAGCGGAGGGCGGGUCGGCGUCGGAGUCGGAGGGCGGCGCGCGCGGCUCGCGCGUGGACAAGCAGCUGGUGGCGCGGCUGGACUCCGCGCUGCGCCUCGCCGGCGACGUGGCCGCGCCCGCGCCCAGGGACCACGCCCGCGCCGUCAACCUGCUCACUACCGUGCUCCGCGGCUGCAUGGGCGUGAUAGUCCGCGGCGUGAACGGCAACACAGAGACACAGUACACACUAGUCGCGACAGCCUGCGCCCUCGCGGCGCGCGGGCCGCCGCAGCCGCACGACGAGCUGCCGCGCGCCGCCGCCGGCCUGCUGGCCUCGCUCGCGCUCGCGCUGCACUCGCCCGCCGCCUUCGACGUCGCGCUGCGCCAUCUGCGCGCUGGGGCCGACGGUCGGUCGUGGUGGGCUCGUCUCGCGUGCAUCGACUUCGCUCAGCCGCUGCUGUUCUACGGGCUGCCGAUGCUGUGUGACCAAGUGGACCGCGCCGUCGCCACCGAGCAGUUCGCACUCAAACUCAUGAGAGAUCCAAGACUGGAGGUUCGUCAAUCGGCAGCAAAGCUGCUGACAGGGCUGAUGCACUGCCGCGCGCUGCCGGACGAGGAGCGCACGCUGGCGGCGCUGAUGCGCAGCUGCCGCGCGGCGGCGCUGGUGGAGCGGCACUGCGGCGUGCUGGGGCUGUGCGGCUACCUGGCGUCGCGGCCCUACAGCCUGGGCGCGCGGCUGGGCGCGGUGCUGGCGGAGCUGGCGCGGCACACCAGCGCGCCCGACCCCGUGCCCGCCGCCAUCCGCGCCGCGCUGGCCGACUUCCGCCGCACGCACCACGACGACUGGCCGCGCCACCGCGACCAGCUCUCCGAGGAGGAGCUGGACCUGCUGGCCGACCUCACCUCGCCCCCCUCCUACUGCGCCUGAAUCUCGUCUGCGCCGAUUACCAUAAGCGAUUUCAUUGUGAUAUUCAACAAUAGCUUUACGUAUGACACAAAUUUUAGUUGCAUAAUUAAUCUAAAACGAUUUUGUUUCGACUCCCUUCUAUGUGCACAGUAUCCGUAAUCGUUUAUACCGUGGAAUAUACUAAUCGAGCCAGCGGUAAAUCAGUGUAAUAGAAACGCCAUAAAUGUUGUAGUGGCUUAGUUAUGUAAGUUACGAUAUAAUCAUUGCAUCACUUGCUCACGUAUCUACUUGUGUAUUACGUGUUUGUAUUGAAUCUGUCAUGGUGGUGGCUCCACUCAUAUUCCUGUGCCCACACAGUAGACGCCGGUGACGGAUUAGCUAUUAAGAUGGUCAAUGAGUAAUUUUGAAAGGAGAUUGGGCAAGAAUGUAUGAAGUUUGGUCCAAAUGUCCACCACGAACGAGACCUAUAUAAUUAAAU